AUGAAGGACCUGCUGUUCGCACAGCGCGUCUCGCGGAAGUGGGACACGGUGAUUCGAGGGAGCCAGGCUUUGAUGGAAGCGCUCUUUCUCAAGCCACAAGUGCCCAAGGCCUUCUGGGAGCACGUAUCGGGGCCACACGGCGGGGCCAGGCAUAUCACUCACGCCGAACUCCACGCCAAUAAGGUUCAAACACCACGAGAGACCCCUGGAGUUCAGGAGUAUAAGUCGUACGCCAUGGCGGGCGUGUUGAAUACUCUGCUCUUCGAGCGCAAGUCUCCAGAUUAUCCGCUGGCAACAGGCGCGUUCGACGAUCAGCAAUACCACUUUCUCCCCCGACCGCUGACAGCGCGCAAAGAGGCUUCCUGGCGACGUAUGUUCCUCACUCAGCCGCCCACCACGGAGAUGUACCUACUGUGGUCGCAGAAAGAAGAAGGCAAUUGCGAGUUAUUCGAAGUCUCGGAAGGAGUUACCGCAGGUCAUGCCAUGGGAGUGCUUAAAGGGGUCAAGGAUUGUUAUGGUCAUAUGCCGGAGGACUACUAUAUUUGUACGCCACAAGUGUUCUUCGCCGGUGAUGAGGACUACGAGAAGGGCACUUGGCAGAGACGUCCUCGUCUGGAGCGUACGCUUUGA